AUGAUUUCAGAGUUUCUUUUACCAUUAAACCUUCGGAAUCUUUUCUUUCUACAGCUUCAAACUCUACACUUUCAACACUUCUUUACAUUUACGAUCAUGUCUGCUCCACGAACACCGAAGGCCCCUCAAAUGCCUAUGGGCCAGGGUGAAAUGCCCAAUAAGACUCCAUCGUCAUUGAAAAAGAAGAAAGUCCCGACAAAUGGAGAUGUCAACGGCGUUGAGAAAUCCGCUUCCAAAUCUUCUCCCAAACCUCCCCCUCAGCAAGAUGAUAGUCAAUCUCCUGGAUCACCCAUCAGGAAGAAGAAGCGAGUUCCGAAACCAGCUGCUGAUGUCGCUCCACCAACUCCUCAAGCUUCUGACAACGCCAAAGCUACCGACCCCGAAGAGACUCCAAAGAAGGUGAUCAAAAAGAAGAGGCCAGUUCAGCCUCCAGCGGAGUCUCCAGCUCCAGAUGCCGACCAAGAGCCUCAACCAGAUCAAGCAAAGUCUUCCUCUCAACGUCGAGAUUCCGAGUUUGACGAUGACGCCGCUCCGCCGCCAGAUGUUCAGAAGCCAAUCAUGAAGAAAAAGAAAAAGCCGGCUCUAGCACCAGAGCCUGAACCAGAGCCAGAGCCCGAAAUGGCUUCUGAGUCGGAGCAUGACGAUGAUGAGCCAGAGGAGGAGGAGAAUGACUAUCAGUCGGUCACUAAUGGUGUGCAUGAUCAGGACGAUCAUGACGAUGGGUCUGAUGAUCACGGCGAUGACCAAAGCGAGCGGAACUCGGAUGAGGACGAGGAGGAUCACGAUUGGGAUGAUGGAGAGUCCGAUGACGGGCCAUUGGAUGGCGUCACCAAUACUGAUGGUGAAGCUCCUAAGAAGGCUCAAGACGCAGCAUCUGGAGUUCCAGAACAAGCUCAACAAGGUGUCGACAAAGCCACAAAUGGCGUCACGAAGGACGCUCAGAAGAAAACUUCAGAUCUUUCAGAUCAGGCUCAAGAUACCGCCAAAGGUGCCACAGACAAGGCAACUUCAUCAGCGAAAGGACUUACUAAGGUUCUUCCUGGUCUAGGAGAUACGCCGGAUCGGUCUGCCGGAGGUGAUGCCUUGAAUGGAGUCAAGAAUACCGCAGAAGAUACUGGAACUAAGGCCAGAUCUCUCCCAGAUACUGUCCCAAAGAAAAAGAAGAAGUCCAGUGGGCUACUGGGUGGUGUCGCAGAUUCUGUUGGCGAAAAAGUCGAUGGCGCAACAAAGCAAGCAAAUUCUACUGCUCGCGGCGCUGUUGAUAGUGGCAAGGGAGCGGCACCUGAUCUUGGUGACAAUGGAGGUGGUGGUGCUCUUGAGGGAGCCAAAGAUACCGCUGAAAAAGCAGUUGGUAAUGACCUAGACAAAGCUGGGUCCGCUGUGGGCGAUGUCCAGAACAGCGCACAGCCUACAGUCGGAGACGUCCAAGACAAAGCCCAGUCAAUGACUGGAGAUGCCACAAAGGCAGUCAGUGGUGCAGCAGGGAAGCCAACUGAACUGGCAAAUGGAGCUACCGAUACUCUGGGAGGUCUCACAAACGGUGCGACCGAAGCUGUUGGGGGUGCUACAGAGGAAGGCAAAGAUCUCGCUGGGGGAGCAACUCAACAAGUCACGGAGGCUGUUGACGGUGCCAAAUCACUCGCAGGAAACACAGUUGACGAUUCAGGAAACGUACAUGAUAAAGCAGGGAAACAUCUGGGAAAGGUCACGGGAGACUUGAAAUCCAUGACAGGGAGAAGUGUGAAUGAUGCGGGUGCAAUCGUGGACGAUUCUGGGAAAGUUCUGGGGAAUGUGAGUGAAGUGGCGAGUGCGAAGGGUGAUGAGGCAUCGAAGAUCGCGACUAAACAUGGUGAGGAUCAGGUUGGUGGGAACGCUGACUCGGCGAAUGUCAGUGUCAGUGGGAUUGAGAUCAAAGUCGAGACGAACCCUAACGGGACGACUCUCACGAUCAAGAUCCCGGGUGCGUUCCAGCAGCAGUAA